GGCUGUCCGUCGGGCCAGCCGCGCAUGCGCGACACCGACAUCACGCGGGCGUUGCAGCAAGUAAUGAUUGCUCCGAAAGAAAUAAUAUCGUUCCUUAAUUUUGAUCGAAAACGACGAUUACCGCCGUUACGGGUCUCUUAGUAUAUUUUAGAGGUUAGGUGUAUUAAGAAGUUUGAAGGUGUGCAAAGAGGCUCGUGGAAGCGCCCACGGGACACACGUACAAGACAGAGGAGUGAGUGCAAGGCCGCCAUGAAGCUGACGGACAAUGUGCUGCGGAGCUUCAGAGUGGCGAAGGUUUUCCGGGAGAACACGGACAAGAUCAACUGCUUCGACUUCAGCUCCAACGGAGAGUCGAUCAUAUCCAGCAGUGACGACGAUUCGCUUGUAUUGUACGACUGCCAAGAAGGGAAACCCAAGAGGACUCUCUACAGUAAGAAGUAUGGAGUGGAUUUGAUCAGAUACACACAUGCAGCCAACACAGUGGUCUACAGUUCCAACAAAAUUGAUGAUACGAUCAGAUACUUGUCCCUUCACGACAAUAAAUACAUCCGCUAUUUCCCUGGGCACGGUAAAAGAGUGACCUCCCUCUCGAUGUCUCCCGUGGAUGACACCUUCAUUUCUGGAUCUCUGGAUAAAACCAUUAGACUGUGGGAUCUACGCUCACCUAACUGCCAGGGUCUCAUGCACCUCCAGGGGAAGCCGGUGUGCUCGUUUGAUCCGGAGGGUCUAAUUUUUGCUGCGGGCAUCAAUUCAGAAAUGGUCAAGCUUUACGAUCUGCGGUCCUUUGACAAGGGUCCCUUCGCGACCUUCAAGCUGCAGUACGACAGGACCUGCGAGUGGACUGGACUCAAGUUCAGCAACGAUGGCAAACUCAUCCUCCUCUCCACCAACGGCGGUGCCCUCCGCAUCCUUGACGCAUUUAAAGGGGCCGUGCUGCAUUCCUUCGGGGGAUACAACAACAAUAAAGGUGUCACACUGGAGGCCUCAUUCACACCCGACUCUCAGUUUGUCGUCAUCGGAUCCGAGGACGGCAAGAUUCACGUGUGGAACGCCGAGAGCGGCAUGAAGGUGGCCGUGCUGGACGGCAAGCACACGGGGCCCAUCACGUGCCUCCAGUUCAACCCAAAAUUCAUGACAUUUGCCAGUGCCUGCUCUAACAUGGCGUUCUGGCUUCCCACCAUAGAUGACUAAAGUGCGAAAUGGCGCCAGCAGGGGGCGGCAUGUCAUCUUCUGUGAGCCGAUUGUAAAUAUGUCGUGUGGUAAUACAUUGUGUUCAUUUUUUAUAUAUAUGUAUAUAUUUUUAUUUUAUAUUAAAUUUUCCAUGGAAACGUA